AUGCCUCGAGUAGCAAGAGCGAGAGCAGCCCACGGGGUCAAGCAGGGCCCUGCUCCUUCUAUCGCCGCCUUCACCCGCAUCUCCAAGAGCCAGAGCUUGUCCAACGCAACUGCCAAAAAGACCACUGUCGCAACUGGCCUGACGACGACCACGACGACUACGACCACGACCACGCCAUCCAAGAAACGCAAAGCUUCGUCGCCUCUGGACAACGACGCCGGCGCGUACACCCGCCGCAACAUUUCAUUCAGUCCAAGUGAUGAGGACGACGAUGAGCAAGCUGCCCACAGAUACGAGCAUGUCGACAUUUCCCAGCGCAAGAAGCGCGCCUGCAGACGCACAGAGCCCGCAUUCUCUACAAAUUCACAAAAGACUCAGGCCAAGGCGGCCUCUCCACCAACAACAACCACCAAAGGCAAGGUAGUCGCCAAGGCUCCUGCUUCGAGGAAGGAUGCUGUACACCGCCCGACCGCCUCCACCGUCAUCAGCAAGUCGCGGCAGGAGGCCAAGACUGGCCAGUCAAGGAUCGAGGCCUUUUAUACCAAGCAGCAGCAGGCCAAGUCAGCGGCCGACGAUUGCAUCGACGCCACCUUUCCGCCGCACCUCGCGGAGCUGGUGCGUCUGCACCGAGCAUUCAUCAAGACGGUUGUCAUGCAGAUGGCACAUAGCCGCAGCAAUGUGCCCCUCGACAUUCGCGAACUGGCUCCCAACAUUUCGCGCUCGUGGCGCAAGCGUCAGGUUACAGUUGAGGAUGUUCGUCGGUGCGUGGCGAUUGAGUCGUCCACGCAGCAAGGUGGCAUCCAGUCGCCGUUUAUUGUCGCCGACUACGGCAAGGGCAAAGUGUGCGUUGAGCUGCGCGCUGAAUGCCAUGGUGACGCUCUCAACCAGACACAGCUGUGCAAGCAGUUUGAAGAAAAUCUCAGGAACAUGUGCAUGGAAAAGGCCACCGAUCGAAUGACGGAUGUUGAUGUGACGCUUGAGGGGCUUUCACUGGCAGAGCUUCCCCAAGCUGACCUGACAGACAUGAAUACGGGCGCCAAGACGGCGGCUCUACUGGCCAAGGGGCACAAGGCCUUGUUGGAGUUGAAAGGCGGCAUCGCAGCAAAGCAGCACGAAAAGGAGAUCAAACAGCAAGCCGCGGCGACGCCGCUUCUCAACACGGAUGGGACCAAGAUGGGCCUCCUCGACCGCAUCCGACACAAGCAGCUGGCUGCCGCCAACGCGCCGCUUCCGCCGACUGGCCCCGAACUGCAGCGCCGCGCCGCGCUGAACCGAGUUGUCGACGUCGCAUCAACAAUCUCCAUGCUCAGUCUCUCCAACCCCGCGUCUUUGCCCCGCCAAGCCUUUACCAUGGUUGCCAUUGUCGAGAAGCUACGAGACUCGCUGCGCGUACCCACGUCCAAGGAAGAGGGCAUCGAGUGCAUCCGUUUGAUUGCAAAGGACAUUGCGCCCGAGUGGCUCCGGAUCGUGACCAUUGGAGGGAGGGAGAAUGUGGUGAUUCAGAGAGGCGGCGAGCCAGUCAGCCGCGUGAUUGAGGAACGAGUGCAAAAGCUCAUGUAA